AUGGAUUGGACUGGGAGUGAUUUCCUUGAACAGCUUUAUAUCAGCCCAGAAUGGAAAAAGUUUCUUUCAGGGUACCUAUCCUCCAAUCCAAUACAACAUCAGGACCUUUCUCCGGAUCUACAUUUGGAGCUACAUGGCCUACUGAUGGGCAAAGACCAAACCGGGCUUUUAGUCGGGAUUAUCAUCCGUCUCUUCCUUUUGUGCCCGGACCAACAUUGCAGUUUAUAUGUCCAAGAUUCCAUCAACACCAGACUCACCGUCCACCACGCUAUUUCUAGAAGGGAAACCUCCAUGCCAGGCGUUCUGAUAGCGGCGAUUCUAGGCUGGCUAGCAUGGACAAUUGUUGAAAUCCCCUGUUCCGGCUUUUCCCCGGCAUCAAUCCAUCUCGCAAAGACCUGUUUCAGCAUUAUGCCUGUGCCGACUUUAAACCGCGCGCCCAAUUUUCUAUGCGCCUAUCGCCAAAGUAGGAGUAAUGGAGAAGGCCACGAAGAGGCCCUGCAGCAGAUCUUAGGAUAUGGGCUCUAUACAGCAUUUGUACUGGAGGACCUUCUCGCCCCCAUGAAGGGAACCAGCGUGAUGAUAGAUUCCAUGCAUAUUGCUAACUAUGGGAUGAUAGUCGAGAUCUUCAGUGACGUCGCAAAUAUACUUGCAAGCCUUAAGGACAGGUGGUCGUUGGCUUUGGAACCGUUCACUGUGCGGCACGCAGAGCUACUGUUCUCGGCCUGUGGAAGAUGUGACAUGAUACAGAGCCAAGCAAAAGCUAUAAGUAAUGGAGGUCUGAUGCAACUACUUAUCGCCCUGCAACACAGUCUAAAAUCAUUUGUCUGGUUCAUCGAAAAUGUGAUUCAUGCUCUUCAUGCCCAUGCGAGCUCACGCAGACCAUUCCUGCUUGCGGGUCAAGAGGAUAAUGCCAUCAAUUUUGAUCACACCAGGCAGCUUUCUGUCAAGGUAUCGCAGUUGCAGCUCUGUGGCUGGCGGGUCGACCACGCGGAGGUUAGAAACAAGGACUGUGAAGGUACCGAAUCUUCUCCAGCAAAUUAUCUCAAUAAUUCGAGCGGCGGUCCUUUGGAUGAAGACGUUAUGCCGGGACAGCCUUCAGGCACCCCAAGCUUUAUGAACAGAUGCAAUAACAUCCCAAAACCUGAAGAGGGGUCUUGCUUCUACGGCACGUAUCCUGAACUUAUCUGCAAACGUCUCCUCUAUGCGCCUGAAAGAAAACUAAGAUUCUCUGAGCUACACGCUUGGUUUCGGGAAUAUACAAUAAAAUCAAAGAAGCCUAUGCUUGAGCAAAGUCUUCGUAACGCACUAUCCGUCAGCCCUUGCUUCAAGCUCAUAAGAGCAAAGUCAAAUGGAAAGAUUGUGUUGUGGUGGUGUCUUACCGACAUAGGGGUAGAGAGUGAGAAAGAACGAAAAAUUCCAUUCAAGAUGCUCUGGGAUCAUGAUGGACCUAGCUCUACGUCUACGUGGCUGUUUCUAUCCUUUUGCAUCCUCUCGAAGCCUAUUCUGUCAGCUUACGCGGUGAACCAAACUAGGAUACUGUUACACACAAACAUAUAUGAUGGCACCUUCGAGUGGGAUAGGAUUCUACUCUUGCUAGGGUUGGAACUGGCUAUCCCCAUCAUGUUCACGUAUCUGGAGAGGUGGAUAUGGGCAAAGCUCGCAGUGCAGCUCCAGACAGCAGCCGUGAAACUCGCUUUUGACCUGACAAUCGACAGCGAGACGGGACCUUUAGACCAGACUGAUCUGACUCGUUCCUUCGACUCUCAGACUAACGCUGCUAGGCUAUAG